AUGGUGACGUGUACAGAUCAGCGGAUACCUUGUUUUGACUUGUGUCAAUUGACCGUAACAGGACCAAUCUGUCCGACAUGUCUUUUAUCCGUAUCACCUUUCGCUGAAGUAUCAAUUUUGUCGGAUGAAGAUGGUCAUCCGGAGUUGGAUACCACGCCCUCUUCAGUCGAACAAGAAGCUGCUGUCGACCUUACUGAUAUUUACAAAUCGUUAAAAGACUCCCUUGGCAAUAAAGAUCUGAAGGUAGGGCACAUCAAUGUAAACGGUAUUAUCAACAAGCUAAAUGAAGUCCAUGUCCUUUUAAAUGAAGUGAAAUGGCAUAUUCUGGGUAUUACAGAGACUCAUCUGACUGCAUCUACCCCUGACAAUCUACUAAGACUACCUGGUUUUGACUUUGUCAGGAAGGAUAGAUCUAGCUGUAAGGGAGGUGGAGUUUUAAUUUACUAUCAAGAAAGCUUAACUGUCCAUCAGGACUUAAAAUGGGAUAUUAAAGAUUUGGAAGCAGUUUGGAUUAAUGUCACCAUGCGCUCUCAGUCAGCCCUAAUUGGAUGUCUUUAUCGUCCACCUAAAGAUAUGGCAUUUUUCAGUUCCUUACAGGGUCUGUUAAACAAGAUCUGGGUCAAAAGAAAGAAUGUUGUGCUGAUUGGUGAUGUAAAUUCUAAUCUACUUCCUGCCCCUAAUCAAGAUCAAGAUUUAUCCUUAUGUGGAACCAAACCUCAAAGGAUUCUAAACAUAUUUGGCUACCUGAAUGUUAUCAAAUCCCCCACAAGAAUUACUAAGAACAGCACCACAUUACUGGAUCUUGUCAUCACUAGCCCUAAUUUAAACUGUCUCAAGUCUGGCUCUAUAGAUCUUGGUAUUUCUGACCAUCAUCUUGUAUACUAAUAAU